AUGGUAAAGCUCCGAGUAACCACUGAAGCUCCUGUCGAGGAAUUACUGGACUUACUAUUGGAUCUGAAGAACAACUUAAUUGUGCUUGCCGCAUCUGGAUUAUUGGUAGCCGUUUUAUUUCUGUGCAUGGUUGUGGCUUAUCCGUUUUACUUGAGGUCGUUCAAAAAUAAUCUAGUAUUUUACGGAAAGAGCACUCUUCUUCCAAUUAUAACAUUUGAGUAUCGAACUAUCAAAUACAACUAUUUUGUGUUUUUUGUUUUGGUGGGAUUAUUAUUCACUACUCGAUCAUAUCCUUCGUUUGCAUUCUAUAUUAUGACAAUAUCGAACAUUUACGCUCUCGUCAAUCACCUCUCUACUUCUAUCUAUGAAAUUGCAAUUUCCAUAGUGACGAUCCACCGAUUCAUCAAUUUUCGACAGAAAAUGGAACUACGUCGGGAUCUUACACUGAAGAAUGUGACGAUUUUGUUGUUUUUGAUAAUUCUGAGUGUUUUGGUGAGGGAGUCGAGUUUCGUAGUUUGGAUGGCUUUUGCUUUACUGGAAUCUCACCACAUGUUGCUUGAACAAACGCUCAAUUAUUAUUAUGUCACAUUUUUUGUUUUUCAACUCCUUCUUUUCACUGCACUGAUUGUCCAAUUUACAAUGACAUCUGAUGGUCAAAAUACACACGCGGAUAUUCAAAUUGUUCGCCAAGUAAAGAUUAUAGGAUUCAUUAAACUUAUUAUUCUCAUCGUGUUUGUGAUCAGUACGCUUACAUCAUUUGCAUCUACUAUGAUUGGCUCAAUAUUUGUGAGUAUCGAUUUCUUCCUUGUUCCAGUGGUUGUCAUGUGGACGGAAAUCAAAGCGAACCCGGGUGUUAUUCAGAUUUUUGCAAUUAACAACAAAUUGUCGAAUGUUUAA